UUUGCAUCAUAUUUCAAGCGUUAGUCACCAGAUUUCAUCUUACUUUACUCUGUUCUAUCGGCUUUCCCUACUGCGUUUCUUCUGCAAUUGUAGUUUUCUCCCUCUAUCGUCUUUCCCUGCUGUACUUCUUCUCAAACAGUUCUCGAUUUCUCUCCGGGAUUUUCUUCUGUGAAUAAUAUUUCUGAUGUCGACAGACAAUAAAACCAAAGCAUCAACUAGCUGCCCACCAAAAAAGAAGUGCCGAUACUCAACAGAAACAAUGUCUAAAAUCAAGCUUAGGAGACGUGACCUGUAUAAACAGUUACCAGUUGAUAAAAAAGAGUCGCUUCUAUUACAGCGACGAUUAAAAGAGCUUGAAUCAAAAAAACAGCACGUACUGAUGGAUUACACUGAAGAAGAGUCAUUGUUCCAAGUUGGGGCUAACCUGCGUAGGCAAAGAACUCUCACGAUAAACGAACCAUCUUCUGUUGGUAACAAAGUUGAUAUAUCUGCAUUUGACGGGGCAGCAAUUGAUUCCAACAAAGAAAAGAAUGUUACUGGCUAUUUGUCUGUGUUUGAACUUGGUUCGACAUCUGGUGUACCUUACGAGGGACACGAUGCAGAGCUGUAGGCUGUUAAAAAUAAAGCUGCCAACGUUGAAGCUCAUGUGCCUAAAUUGAGGGGCAAUUUGAAAAGAGGGAAGAGUAUAUGUGAUGCUCCUACCAUUCGUGAAACAGGUAAACUUAGCCUUUAUAUUGUACUUUGUUGGCAAUGACAUAUUAAACCAUGUGUGUCUACGCAUACCUCGUUACAAUAAUGUCUAUCAUAAUGAUAUUUUUACGUAUUCAGCUAAUAACCGGACCAGAAAGGUAUGCAUGGCUACUAAAGAGCAACAAUGUGACUAUGUUGCUCUAAAAAAGGUUCCGAACUGCCAGUACUGUGGUGCCAAAAAAUUUGAGUAUGAACCUCCAGGAUUUUGUUGUAGCAACGGUUCGGUUAAGUUAACUAACAUCACAUGAAAUGCCUGCUGAACUAUUGAAUCUCUAUUUAGCCAAUACUGAAGAAUCUGAGCACUUCCGUACUUACCUUAGAAUGUACAAUAACAUGUUUGCGUUUACUUCACUUGGAGUAAACUAUGACAAGGUGCUAGCGAAAAGAAACCAUGGUAUUUACACAUUUAGAGUACAAGGACAAAUGUAUCAUUUCAUAAAUGAUUUAAUUCCAUCAAAUCGACAACCAAUAAAUUUACAACUGUAUUUUUAUGAUGAUAAUACUAAAAUGUUGAAUCGAAUGACUUAUUCAGGUAUACUUAGACAAUCAGUUGUUGAGAAGUUAAUGGAUAUACUGAAGAUAAAUCCCUACUGUAUUUUCUUGAAAUCUCUAAUACAUAUUUCAGAAUUAUCAAACUUUUAUAUUGCAUUGAGGAGUGAUUCUGGCUUAGAUCAACGAAUAUAUAACCUACCAACUGUGUCAGACGUAGCGGCAUUAUGGCUAGAACAAGAAACAAAUUAUAAUACUUCUGGACCCCAUAUUCGAAUUUACACUCAAAGUAACAAGAGUCAGCUGGUAAAUUACUAUUACGGUUGCUAUGACCCUUUGCAGUAUCCGCUUUUACUACCUUACGGUCAAAACGGAUGGCAUUCUGGUAUUCAAAAGGUUGCACAACCUAGGAAUAAACUGAGAAAAAAGAGAGCUUACUACGAAAAAGAACAACUUCCAACUUUAUCUAAUAUGUGUUCAAUUGAUGGGUUACUUGAUAUGGAAGCUGAAGUUCUGAAAAAGGGAAAACGAAAAAGGGAUACUGUUUCUUGUCGUGAAUAUUAUUGUUACAAACUUCAGAUGAGAGAUAAUGAAGAGAACGGAGUUUUACAUUCUGGCAGAUUGUUUCAACAAUACUCAGUUGAUGAAUUUAUAAAAGUAGAAACUCAGAGGUUAGAUUUUGCCUCAUUUAACCAAGAUUUAUUUCGGAUUGAUGUACUACAAGGAAUUCUUGAUAUCCUACGACUUGGUGAAAGAGAAGCUUCUAAGAUAGGAAAAAAGAACUUUCUACCGACAAGUUUUACAGGUGGACCGAGAGAUAUGUGUCAGCGUUAUAUGGAUGCUAUUGCGUUAGUGCAACACUUUGGAAAGCCGGAUAUAUUUCUGACCAUGACAUGCAAUCCUGCUUGGCCAGAAAUAAAAGAGCAUUUGCUUGCAACAGACGAAACUCAAAAUAGGCCCGACUUAGUUAGUCGAGUAUUUAGAGCGAAGGUAGAAGAGAUGAAAACAGAUAUUUUAAAAAGAAACAUAUUUGGAAAAUUUGCAGCUUUUAUGUACACUAUAGAAUUUAAAAAACGAGGUCUUCCACAUGCUCAUUUUCUUAUUAUACUUACUGAUGACUAUAAAUUAUUGACACCUGAAGCUUAUGACAAGUUUGUCUCUGCUGAGCUACCUGAUCUUGAUGCAAACUCUUGCUUACAUAAACUUGUUAUUAAACAUAUGAUGCAUGGGCCUUGUGGUUAUUUGAAUCCUACAAAUUCUUGUAUGAACAAAAAAAAAGAAUGCAAAUUUAAGUAUCCAAAGAGUUUCGCCGACGAUACGAGAAAAGGAAAGGAAUCAUACCCAAUUUAUAGAAGGCGAAACACUGGCAAAUCUGUGAAAGUAAGGGAGCAAUAUCUUGACAACUCCUGGGUUGUUCCUUACAAUCCUUAUCUGUUGUGCAAAUAUAAUUGUCAUCUAAAUGUCGAAGUUUGCUCAGAUAUUAAAGUUGUGAAAUAUAUAUACAAAUAUAUCUGUAAAGGACAUGAUAAAAUUUCAUUUGGUCUAUGUGAAGAUAACACAAAUAUAGAAAUAGAUGAGAUAAAAGAAUAUCAAUCUGCUAGAUGGGUAUCGCCGCCCGAAGCUAUGUGGCGCCUAUUUGCCUUUCCUAUCAGUGAAAUGACUCCAAGUGUUUAUCACCUCCAACUACAUCUUGAUGGACUGCAAUUUGUUUCUUUUAAAAAAACUGACACAAUAGAUAGUAUUAUGAAAAAUCCUAUGAUUAAGAAGACGAUGUUGACAGAAUUCUUCUUGAUGAAUGAAACAAAUAAAGAUGCUAAAUAUAUAAGAAAAUAUAAAAUGGCAUUAAAACAUUACUGAGAAUUAUGCCAACCCAGAAACUACGUAUGACCGUGGCAACAGAAUUUCAGCUCAUGAAAAAUAAGAUUACGAUAUUGAAUGUGUAUGAACUUUUACUGAAGGUUUGGACAUUUUUCUCAUCUGGAUAGAGUUUAAAACUUGACAGAUUACUUUGUUGACUUCUAUGUACAUUGACUAAAAGGAUGCCCGUUUGCUUAGAUAGUUGAUCAUUUCCCUGCAUAUUUCUAUACAACUAUUCUUCAUAUGUUCUUUUUAUCCGGAAACCAUCUUAUUUUCUUGUGCAUUCAUUUGGACCGGACAUGUAGUUUGGAGAAAAUAUUGACAAUCUGCUCUUUGAGACACAUCUUCGAUGCUAACUCAAGUGCCAAUGGAGAAGUACAGAGUAUGUUGUUUAAACAAUUCAAAGUUGUACAAUGCCUUAGAUCUUUAGUUGUGCUCUCCAAGAAAACGUAGUUUUCCUGACAAAGGAAAACAAUUUACCCAAAAUCAGGUUAUUUAAAAUUUGUGAUGCUCAAGCGAGCAAAAAUGACAGUCAUUCGUAGUCUUACUUGACAACAACAACAAUAACAUAUCCAAUUAAAUCCCACAAGUGGGGUCUGGGGAGGAUAGAGUAUACGCAGAUCUUACGCCUACCUUAUGGAGAUAGAGAAAGUGUUUCCGAUAGGUCCUUGGCUCAAGGAAAGCGAUUUUCAAAAUGGGUUUUAGAAAAAAAAAACAAUACGGUAGUAACAGUAUAGUCUUAGUUGAUGUAAUAGUUGUUCUAAGUUGACAUGUUUCAUAUUUUAUAUUGAUGUAAUAGUUGUUCUAAGAUCUUCUCAAUGCUGCAAGGAGCUAGAAGAGACUCAUGACUACUUGGUAAUUUAUCUUUUUUGGCAUUUCAUAGAUACUGGCGUAGUAUGAAAAGAAAACUAAUGUCAAUACUUCAAUUUGUCUAAUGUGCAUGUGCCUGUUAAUUUUUGAAGAUCUAUUUAGUUUUUAUAAGAGACUCAAGUUUGUAAGAAAGUGGUUAUAAAUAUAAUAUUUUUGGUAUUAACUGGGUGAUGCUUGAAACUGUUGAGUUGAUCCAUUGCCUUCAUAUGGGAGAGGAAGAGAGCGGCCUGGUGGAAGGUAUAUGAGCUUACUCCAUGGAGACGGGCUCCAUGAUAUGAUUAUCACUGGUGAGAAUGAUAGUAUUGAUGGCCACGGUGAUGUUUGGUGGAAAUAUAGAUGCAUCUAUGUUAUAAAGAGAGGAAACAUAACAAUGACACAAGCUGGAAAUAAGUCUUAUACAAAGAGGCAAAGUACAGUAGUAGGCUGGGUUCUGUUAUGGAGUUUUGAUGACUGUUUGAUGGAUGUAAAUGUAUUUGUUUAGUGAUGAUUAAUUAAUCUUUUUAUUUCCACCAAAAAAAGUCUAUGUUGUCUGUAUAUGCUUCUUAGUGUUAGUUGAUGACAAGGUACUCUCUCAUGCAUCAGUUGUGCUUAUAAAAAGUGAGACCUCUCCCAUGAAUUAGUGAUAAUUUUAUUUUUCCAGUU